CUGCAUGGUGAUUCCCAUAACAGUGGUUACGUUAAACUCUGCGGAGUAGCUUUGAUAUAAUUAUUCCAAGGCGGACAAGAUAUUAUUUGUACGACAGCAUGGGUCAUUGUUUUCUUUGCUGACUGCGGCACUUCUCAAAAAGUGAAAUUAUAACAUUGAGUGAUGUGUCAGUGAUUUGAUAUGGCUUUAUAUUACUCAAUUAUUAUAGAUCUUCUAUUUCUUCUCUCUCUGAAGGUUUAUGUUAGAGCAGAUCCUCCAUGCAGAACGCCAAAUAACGACAUAGGAGAAUGUAUUAUAAUAAAGGAAUGUACAGCUUUAUACGCCAUCCUACAGAAAAGACCACUUUCUUCAGCAGAUGCUAAUUUUCUCAGACAGUCUCAGUGUGGAUUUGUUGGUUUAGUUCCUAAAGUUUGUUGUCCUCCAACGACUUCACCACUACCUACGUUACCAGCGUCAACAAGCAAUCCAUUUACUAGUAUUCCUGUAAAUACAGAAGAAACAAAUGGAGGAGCCGUAUCAUCAAAUUUACUACCCGAUAAAUUCACUUGUGGCCAAGAUACCAAUAAUAGAAUUUUUGGUGGUGAAAAAGCGGAACUAGACGAAUUCCCAUGGAUGGCAUUGAUAGAAUACGAAAAACCUAACCGCCACAGAGGAUUUUAUUGUGGUGGAGUUCUAAUUAGUAAGAGAUACGUUUUAACCGCUUCCCAUUGUCUCAAAGGCAAGGAUCUCCCGAAAACAUGGAAGUUGGUGAGUGUUCGUUUGGGAGAAUAUGACACAGAACAAGAUAGAGACUGUGUUAAUAAUGGAUUCAACACUGAAUGUAGUGAUCCAACCGUUAAUGUGCCUGUUGAAGAAAGGAUAGCCCAUGAAAAGUAUGAUCCAACGGAUCUGAACCAGUACCAUGACAUUGCUUUAUUGAGGCUUAUAAGAGAUGUACAAUAUACAAAUUAUAUCAAGCCCAUAUGUCUGCCACUAGCAGAAGAAGAGAAAUCAAAAACAUAUAAUGGAAACAGACUGACAGUAGCAGGUUGGGGUAAAACAGAAAAUAGGUCCGAGAGCAAUGUAAAAUUGAAACUACAGGUACCUGUACAGUCCCAGCAAACCUGCAAUUCUAUUUAUAGUGCUGCCAGAGUGACUUUGGGAGAAUAUCAGAUAUGUGCAGGAGGAGAGAAAGGAAAAGAUUCUUGUAGGGGUGAUAGUGGUGGUCCUUUGAUGACAAUUUCCACCGACAAGGAUGGUGAGGUGAACUGGUACGCCGCUGGAGUUGUUUCGUUUGGACCUUCGCCAUGCGGGAUGGAAGGAUGGCCAGGUGUUUACACGAAAGUGUCUAAAUAUGUGUCUUGGAUUGUUAGUAAAUUGAAACCAUAGUUAAUAUAAUUGAUACUUUUUA